AGUGGUAAGGCUGUCGCUCGGCCGCACUCAAGAGAAAUCCAUGGAACGUCACUCAUCAAGUGACAUUUUUAGCUUCCGUGGACACGUAAAAUCUUUUGAAAAUUAAAUUCAGCGUAUUGAGGAGUACGUUGAGGCUGAUGAUCAGCUCGGAACAACAUUCGGUUUAGUUCCACAUUUUCAGAAAUUAUUGGUGCAGUUGAACAGUAAGGAAAAAUUCACCCAUUGGCAAGCGCUCCAGUUUCAUUUAUACGGGACCAUUUGCGGUCGAUUUAUUAUUCUCUGUUUGCAGCGAGCAGGUCUGGACGUUAAAGGAAUAACAGAUGAACUGCUCAUCGUGAGGAAACUUAAUCACAAAUACUGACCAAAGGCAUGACCAGCGAUGUGUGGGCGGCAAUAUCAUCUUUCACUCGCAGUGCUGCUCUGCUCUGCAAUUGUAAUCAGCGCCCAGGAAAUUCAGGAUUCAGACUUCGUUGUGGUAGCGGACGAUGCCAUGCCUGAGGAGACGGCAGGGUUCGUCAUCCCAGAGUACCCGCCCUUCAUGGCAGACCCUAGCACUUCUCAAGACCCUCCAGACUUCGACCCUUCCAUGGAACCCAAGGGUUCCUCUGACCCUUCCUUGAGUGCCAAAGGCUCAUCCGAUUCAUCUCCUUCGCGAGGUUCCGGGUUCCAGUCAAUGUGGUCUCGAAACGGGAGCCCGGAUCAAAGUUGGAAUAACGUGCAAAGUUUUGGCAGCGCCUCUAAAUUAGCUGGGGAAUGUUAUGUCUCUUGGGUUAAGCGCAAAGGCGAUGAAAUUCGCCUUCUCACUUGGGGUCUCCAGACUUUCGGCAACGAUGAGAGAUACUCAUUAAAUUUUGAGAACCCGGAUAACUGGAAGCUGCAAAUAAAGUACACGCAGCGUCGAGAUGAAGGCACGUACGAGUGCCAGGUGUCCACUCACCCGCCCCGAGUACUCGUGGCCAACCUCAGGAUUGUGGCCCCCGUGGUGGAGAUCAUAGAUGAACGAGGGGCAAACGUGGGGGAGAAAUUCUACAAGACCGGAAGCACCAUCGAGCUGCGCUGCACCAUCAGCCAAAUGCCACAAGCACAAACCUUCAUCUUGUGGCGUCAUGGCGACCACAUGCUUAACUACGACACGUCUCGUGGUGGCAUCAGCGUGAAGACCGACAUGAGCAGCUCGGUGAUCGUGUCGACGCUGUACAUCGCGAACGCUACUCCUAGAGACUCGGGCAACUACACGUGCUCCCUCGGCGACGUGGCUACUGGGGGCGUCCUGGUGCACAUUCUCAAUGGCGAGCACCCGGCAGCGAUGCAGCGCAACUCAAAGACUCGCUUCCUCGACACGUGGUAUCUGCUCCUGAUGUCGCUUAUCUUAUCAGUAGCGUCCCUUAUCUCCAGCGAUGCCUCGCACUCUACUGCUCAGAAGGCCCAGCCAGGGGCACAUCUAAAUGCCCUCGUGAACUCAUCCGCCAUCGCGAGAUGAUUUUAAGGGCUGGAAAAAAUCAAAGUUAAAAUUCAUUGUGAUUCCAUAAUGUACAGUUUGUUUGGAUACUUUCCCUUUCAAAAUGUCUUUCUAAGAUUAAGGAUAUACUCAAUUAUAUGUACCUAUAUUUGAUUGUAGUGGAUGAAUCGUAACCAAACCUUCCUGUUUUGGUACGUAAAACUCGUGAUAAAAAUUGCUUUUAAUACAUGACUAAAAUGAACGUUAAUGCAUUUGAAGCAAAUUUAUUACAUAUUUUAAAAAUUUGAUAUGAAUUUAGAUAUACUUGAAUACAAAGAUGAAACAGUGCUCAAAUGACGCUAAUUUAACAAGUACUUGAAGCCGUUUGCGGUUUAUAUGUCUGAAAAGAAUUAUCCGUCAGUCAUUGUUUAGAAGUAACCACGAAUGAAUUUUAGAUUCAAGGAAUUGAUUAGAAGCGUGAGGAAGACUUCUUUAACGAUAAAUAAUAAAUUGUCAAGAAAUAGAUUAAGUUGGUGCCAUUCGAAUUAAUAAUUUGAUUAUAUGGCUCGAAAUUUUCUUUGUCUGUCAACGUGAAUUACAAAGAAAAUAUUUCUUGACGUUUUUUCUAAAAAUAAAACAUGUUUUAUCUAUAAAAGUCCUAUUUUUUUGGCCAGAAGAUAUGAAAUAUCUUUACGAUGAUGGAGUUAAAUUAGAUUCAGGCGUCAUUUUCAACGCAAAUGCCUCCGUUAUAUAAUCAAACAUGAAUAUUUUGAAUCCCUUUUAAACCACGUCAGAUCUCACCAAUCAAAUUACCUGGAUCCAUUAUUUUAGACGAGGUUUCCAAAUUAUUGAUAAAGCUUUUUGAGUUACUUUUUCCACGCUGUUCGAAAGAAAAUAAGCCGUGAAAGUAAUAACGAUCCAGAUCCUAUGCUACUACUUCACCUAAUUCCAUUUAUAACCUGAUGCGAAAAGUUUCCAUGAACACCGGAGCUAAGCUAUCGAAUUCGAUAUUUAUUGCCGAAACUUAAACGAGCAGAAUAUUUUCUGGGCAUUGUUGGAAACAUUUUUGGAGCGCAAUUCACUGCGAAAUUUGAGACGGUGUUGCAAGUUUAUGUAAAUAAAAUCAUGAUUGUGAAAACCGUAGACUUAUAUAUAAGAUUCCUCUA